UCAGUCAGGAAGCAGGAGUAGCAGCGGAGCGCCUUGAGGAAACACACCCAGAGGAAGAGUUUCACUAACUUCCAGUUGAAUCUCAUUUCACUCCUCCUUAACUCGCUGUGAUAAGGAAGAGCUCGGAAAGAAACAUGAAAAAAAGAGGAGUGCUCAGUGGAUUCAGAAAAACAUCAUCCAAUUCUACCACACACGAACAGAAUAAUCUGUCAGUUGAUGGAGAGUCACACAGCAGCAGUGCUGAUCUUUCUAUGUACAGUCUUACUUGGAGUUGCUCAGUUUGUAGCAGGCGUGAGAGGAAUGUGCGCUGUGAAUGAGCACCGUUGCGAGGACGAGAUGUCCUCGUGCAGUUUGCACAUUGAUCGAUGGUGACUCCACUCGAGGAAAGGUCAAGUGGAAUGCUCAGCAGCUUUUUCAGGCACUCUCCCAAACUGGCUCAGAACUAUGCUCAUUGCCAGGGUGCUGAGAGCUCAGACAUCACAGAGAAGAAAGUCAGAGCAGAUGAAAUCCCUCGCGUCCCACCAAGACCCAGUGAGGAGGAGCUCAGAAACACCAUCACACACCGCCUGAGUGUGAAUCCAGCUGAUGUGGAUCAUAGUCAGGGAGCUGGGAGCAUAGACAUCAGAGAGAAGAAAGCCAGAGCAGAUGAAGUCCCUCGCGUCCCACCAAGACCCAGUGAGGAGGAGCUCAGAAACACCAUCACACACCGCCUGAGUGUGAAUCCAGCUGACAUGGAUCGUAGUCAGGGUGCUAGGAGCUCAGACAUCACAGAGAAGAAAUCCAGAGCAGAUGAAACCCUUCGCGUCCCUCCAAGACCCAGUGAGGAGGUGAUAAACUCCAUCACACACCGCCUGACUGUGAAUCCAAUUGAUGCGGCUCAUAAUCAGGAUUCUGUGAAGAGCAGAGAGGAAGAUGAGGGGAUGACUACAAUGGGAAAUCAGGAAGUCGGCCAGUGCACUGAGGACAACAAGGAGGAGUGUGUGAACGAAGCUGCUACUGCGGCUGACAAACAGAAAGUACUGGAUGAUCUCUCAGUUGAUGGAAAGUCACACAGCAGCAGUGCUGAUCUUUCUGAAAAGUCAGGAGGAGAGCCGAGCGGCUUUUUCAGACACUCUCCCAAACCGGCUCAGAGCUGCACUCAUGGCCAGGGUGCUGGGAGCUUAGACAUCACAGGGAAGAAAGACAGAGCAGAUGAAACCCCUCGUGUCUCUCCAAAUCCCAGUGAGGAGGUGAUGAACUCCAUCACACACCGCCUGAAUAUGAAUCCAACUGACAUGGAUCAUCAUCAGAUGGAAAAUCAGGACGUUGGCGAGCGCACUGAGGACCACAGUGAGGAGUGUGUGAACGAAGCCGCUGCUACAGUUGAGAAAGAGAAAGUAGUGCCAAAGAAAAAGAAAGUAAAGAAAAAGAAGAAUCCCUUCAUGCCUCAUGUGACAGCUAAGAGUAAAAUGAAUCAGAAGAGGAGCGGAGAAGAUGGCACUGAGGUUUUAGAGAAGAACUCCCUCAUGGAGCAGCUGAAUGAGUUUCGACUGGAUCGAGUUCAUAGCGAAGACAAGGAGGAUCUUGAUAGCCUCAUGGAGUGGUGGAGUACGGUAAAACAAUGGGAGCCGAUGUCCAACAAUGAAGAUAUGACGGAAAAAGAGGAGGCUACGGCAUUUGCAUUAACAGCCGAAAAGGUGCAACGAGGCAUUCGUGUGUUUAAUCAGCUGUUUUCAGAGCGAGCAGAAGCUCUUUGGCAGCACAUCAUUGACCUCAACCUCAUUGCUGAUGGUCUGGACCGCUUCAACAAAAGGACCAAAGUGGCCCAGAUCACAGGUGGCUCCACCAGCGCUGUUGGGGGUGUGGCCACUAUAGCAGGCCUUGCCCUGGCACCUGUUACUAUGGGAACAUCCCUGAUCAUCACAGCAGUGGGCCUGGGCGUGGCUGCGGCGGGCGGGUUAACAUCGGCCUCGGCCGGUAUCUCCAACACUGUCCAUGGCUCAAUGGACCGCAAGAAAGUGGAGCGCAUUGUGAAGGACUUCCAGAGCAAGAUGGCUGACAUUGACAAAUGCACAAGAUUCAUCAAACGAGGCAUCGAGAACCUGCGAGAGUUAAAUGCUCCCAGGGUGAAAAAGCUAAAGGUGUAUGAUAAUGAUUUCUCUGGAAUCAACAAUAUCUACGAGGACAGCGCCAUGGCAGGCAAAGCAGUACUUAUCAACGCCAAUGAGAUCACCAGGUUAACACAAGUCACCAUGGCAACAGGUGGCACAGCAGCCAGAGCAGUGCAGGUUGCAGCCAUGGCAACAGGCGUCCUCACCGGGCUCUUUGUUGCCAUGGAUAUUUACUUUGUGGCAAAGGAUUCUCACGAACUUAGGAAAGGAGCCAAGUCGGAAUUUGCCAAAAAGAUCAGGGAGGUGGCAGAGCAGCUGCAUCAAGGACUGGUGGAGCUCAAUAUCAUCAGAGAGGAGCUGCAGUGUUCAGAAAGCUCCACCUCCUCCAACACCUUCACAAUGUCCACCUCCAGCCCCUCAGCCUCCACUUACGCCACCUCAUUGACCUCCUCUUCGUCCACGUCUGGCAUCUCUAACUCCUCUAGCACCUCAACCUCCAUCGCUUCACUCUCCUCCACUUCUCCCUGCCCCUCCAUUUCCUCUUCUCUUUCACAGAACACUGAAGCACACAUAGAACCUCUAGCUCAGUCCUGACACAGUCCUUAAACAGAUUGUAUGUCCUCCUCUUCCAUCUCCAAAUGAUACACCUCCAUUUUCUCAGUGUCCUUAUCCAAAACCUGCACUUUCUUAUUCUCCUCUAUGACUGGCUCCUAAAUUAACAAUUAACAAUGCUACCACCACAUUCUGCACCUUCUCCACCACAUCCUCCUGAAUCUCUUCCAUUUCAUCCUCCACCUUACCACCUCUCCCACAUCUUGCACCUUCUUCCCCUCCACUUCCAUAUCCUGCACCUCUACAUUCACCCCUUAGACCUUCUUCACCUCCAGAUCCACCUUAUGUAUCUUCUCCACCUCCACUUCUUCUGUCUCCACAUCCACGUCCUCCACUUCCACAUUUACAACUUCUCCACCUUCAGUCAUAUGACACAUCUUGCAACUUCUCCACCUACACUUUCAUAUCCACCUUUUACACAUGAUCCUCCACCACCUCAUCCACCGCCUGCACCUUCACAUUUAAAAGGAACAGUCAUUAAACAUACUUUAAACCUAGUACACUCCUACAUUGCAUACUGUAACUCCACCUCCUGCAUCACAUGUUCCACCUCUACCCCCUUAACCUCCCCUGCAUUUCUUCCUCCUUAUGCUUCUCUUCCUCCACCUUUCUUCUCUAGCACCUCUGCCUCCACUCCUGAACGUUAGGCAUAUACAUAUCCAUAUCCUGCACUUCCUCCUCUACCCCACCUCCGGUGUCUCCUCCACUUUCUUCUGCACCUUUUCCUUGAUCACAAUCUAAUCGAACUCCAUUCAGUUCUAUUAGACAUUCUCGACUCCUCCACUCAGCAGUGAUACCAAACAUUGAAACAUUGAAACAUUCCUGCUGUAAACACUGCUCUCUUGUUACAGACACUGACAGUAAGAAUAACUCAGACUAAUUCAUGUCUACCGUUUUAUUAACAUCUUGACUAGCCUUCUGCGAUAUUGAUUUUCGCCUGAUCAUCAUUAUUUUCCAAUUUAAAAUAUCAUGAUUAAUUAUAAUUUUCCAGAACCCCUAGCCUUAAAAUGAAAACGAGCAUUUCUACCAUGUCAGAUAAGGAGAGGGAUGUGAGGCGUAAUAAUAUUACCUGUGCAGCUGUGCAGCCAGGAACUGUGGGCAAAAAACUCAGCUGUAUGGUGGAUUUUUAAGUGAUUCUGCAGUGAUGUGCAGUAAAUAAUUAAAAAAACCUAACAGCACAUUUUGAUAUAAUCCUUUUACAAAUUGAUUGCCUAAUGUUCAUGUAUCUGACAUUUUCACAGUUCAUGCUGCUCAUUGUUGUGAAGGAGAGCACCGGUCAAAAAGAAAAAAACAAAACGGUUGCUUUCAUCACCUUAUCAUCACCAUUAUGAUUAUGUGUAAGCGUUUGCUUUGACUUAUUUCAUUUUUUGGGUCAAAAUUGAAAAACAAUUUUGGCUGAAAUUUUUUGCUGGCAUCCCUAAUAAAUAUAAUAAACUAAAUAAAUAUAUACAUGUCUAAAGUCGAACAUACACUGAUAGAUUUUAUUUUAUAUUAAUGAACUCAAAACAUUGCCCAUUUACCUUGACAGAAAGCAAGGGAUGAGAUUAAGGAAUGGGCAGGGAUGUAAUAUGAAUGUAAUAUCGUGUAGGGACGAUAAUAAUGUUAUAUUGCACAAGCCUAGUCCUGAUUAUUUCACAUUUCAGCCAGAGUACUAAAAAACACUGUAUGUUUUUUUUAAAAGCUUGUAUCAUCUGAGACAUCUCAUGAUUUGUCUUUUUUGCACAUUGAUCUCUUGGUUGUAGAUAUUCCACUCUGCCUGUAGUCGGUUCAUCAGUUUUCUCAGCAUUUUUACUAUAUGUUACAUGAUGAAACUGUUUGACUUCUGUUUCUGUUCUUUUGUCUUUAAAACUGCAGACAAAUCAAAACAACUGACAAAAUUAAUAAUUAAUUCUUUAUACACAGUGGAGUCCAAAAGUUUGCAUUGUUUUCUAAUUUUAUACAAACUGUUUCAUUACAAAUUAUAUUACUGGCAAUAAACAUGAGCCUCAGUGGAAGAGAUAAGAACUCAAGGAAAAUCUCACCUUAACAAAGCACUUAACAUGAUCAAUAUAACCCAUCUGAAUUUUUGAAUACAUUAGAAUCUUAAAUAAUGAAUAUUCAAGAUAUUAAACAUUAAAAGAGUUUCUAGUUUUAAAGAAAAAAUAUCCCCAGAUUUUCAAUGUGAUCUCAGACUUUUGGGCCCCACUAUAUUAUUAAUAAUUAAUCAUUAGGAGUGAAUUAAUUGUACAGCUAAAUUUUUUUUAAAAAUUAAAAAAAGAGUAAAUUGUAAUUGUUUUGUCUUUAAAAUUAAUUGCCUUUGCUUCCUGUUUGUGUUUGUUUAUUUUGGUAAGCAAAAUAUCAUAUAGGUUUAAAAGGGUCUUAGUCCUCCUAGUACAUAGCGCACUGGUACGAUCUGCUCAUGUGUACAAACAACAAUAUAAGCUAACAAAUCAACACUUCACAAUAGAAGGCUACAAAUACAUUUAUUGGAGAAACAUAACGAUAUGCAUCAGAUAAGGCACGAGCCUUCACUGUCUGAAAACUCACUGGUGUUUUUUAUCCAAAUUGAAACCAACAUGCUGGACUCUGCUGAAAUAAAUACGAACAUGCCUGAACAUGAGCUACUGAUUAAUUAAUGAAUGAAAAUACUUGUGUACAAACAAAAAUGACUUUAUGCCUGUUAUAAAGUUCCUUCAAGUGUUCAAAAUUCAUUAAAUAAAGACCCAUAGAUGGGACUAUGGGGAAAGGAAUGCGCCUGUCUGCAUUGUGAAACACCCUGGAAAUGAGAUGACACGUAUUUUGAAUGUAUAAUAAAAUAAAUACAAGCUAGGACUUA